GCAUGUCAAGAGUAACUCCCCGCAAGUUACGUAAACGCGUCUGAAUCACAUAAUGACGUUAGCCUUAGAUCACUCCCUUUCUCCAACUCAUCUUUCUGGCAGAAAUACGAAAAUGGGAUUCAUGCUGCCUUCCCCAACCAACCCAAGAGAGCACGCUCGUGCUCUCAUGUCUCAAAGAGAGAACAUCGAGGCCGAACUCGACGCGCAAUUUUCUAUUCUUAAAGCCAAUAACAUUGAUAUGACCACACCCCUGGUUGAUCGGGAAGGGUUUCCCCGGGCAGAUGUCGACUUAUAUGCUAUACGGCAUGCCCGCAGACGCAUAAACGAGCUGCGAAACGACUACAAAGCUGUCAUGAAUGAGAUUGAGACAGCUCUCCAGGCGGUAUAUGAUCCAUCGACAGUUGGAUCAUCACCCGCCGCAUCUGAGGAGGUCGCGCAGCACACGAGUUUAACGGAUAGCGCGGAAUCGCUGCUUGCUUUCGCAAGAGUGGAUGGCGUGGCCCCGAGUAGCCCCGCAGCAGAAGCGGGACUUCGACGAGAAGAUCUGAUAUUGAAGUUUGGAUCGCUCGCACGAUCAUCAUUUACAGCAAAUUCUUUGCAACCGCUUGCAGAUCUAGUAUCUGUUAAUGAAAAUCGCGAGCUUCAGGUUAUCAUAUCAAGGUCUGGGGAAACCAUGGAACUGAAACUCAUCCCGCGUAAGGGCUGGGGUGGGCGUGGCAUGCUAGGGUGCCAUAUCGUCCCUCACGAAUCCUAGCCAUUAUCGACGCUAUUUUGAGACGGCGCGGAUUUUCUAUCACAGCUUGUAUAUAUACUUAUACGCACACUGUCAAAGAUCAUUCGCUAUCGCUGGAGCCUUUGGCAAUGCAGACAAUACGUUGCGGAAUACAGUUCCGGGAUCGACUCGGUGCGGGUUUCCCGUGCUGACCGUCCUGGGCCCACUCGAGCAAUUUCAAAUUUAUUCCUUUCAAAUUUUUCAUAUUGGACGAUUUCUGAUGCAAGCCAGUCAAUCGAUUGCGCAAAUAGGGCAACA